CCUUUACUUCCGUUGCGCAUUUCCGUCGUCAGAACGUCACUUCUGGACGUCGAUAUGCGGCUUGUUGCGGCGCUGGGAAACCGAGCCGCUGGGAAGAAGUAGCCAGAAAGACCACCUUUAUCGACGGCAUCUCCAGGGAAGCUGUACCGCUGUCAGGACGUGGAGAAACCCCCCCGCGCUGGUAGCUUGUCGGCUAGUUAUCCCCCUACGCUGCGGAGCGCCGGCCCUGAAAGCAGCCAUCUUUUUGUCGGAGAAUGUCCGGGGCGACGCGGCGGGCCUGCUGCUCGGGCUCUGACCGGGGCCGGAGCUUGUUGACGCUCACGGCUGCGCUCCUGCUGUCGGCUGUCGUGCUGCUUUCCGGGCUUCAAAGCUUCACCGAGGCGAAGGAAUGCGACAAACCGUGUAUGAACGGCCAGUGUAACGGCGUCACGGGCAGCUGUGUGUGCUUCCCCGGCUGGGUCGGGGACCAAUGCCAGCACUGCGGAGGGAGAUUCAGGCUUACAGGCCCGUUUGGCUUUUUGACUGAUGGGCCAGGAAACUACCUACAUAAGACCAAGUGCACCUGGCUUAUUGAGGGACAGCCUAACUCCAUUAUACGAUUACGAUUCAACCACUUUGCCACUGAAUGUAGCUGGGACCACCUGUACGUUUAUGAUGGCGACUCGAUUUAUGCGCCUCUUCUUGCUGCCUUUAGCGGUCUGAUUGUUCCAGAGCAGUAUGGCAAUGAGACGGUUCCUGAGGUGGUGUCUCAGUCUGGCUUCACCCUGUUGCACUUCUUCAGUGAUGCAGCUUACAACCUGACUGGCUUCAACAUUUCCUACAGAGUGAAUACAUGUCCCAACAACUGCUCGGGCCGAGGUGAGUGUCGUGUGGGGAACUCCACCRCCUCGGUUUACUGCGAGUGUGACGUCAACUGGAAGGGGGAAGCCUGCGACAUCCCAUACUGUCAGAAUGACUGCGGCUACCCAGAAAGAGGUCAAUGCCAAGAAAAGACAUGUAUCUGUAAAGCUGGAUGGCAAGGUGCAGACUGUUCCAUCUCUCUUCCUGCCAAUUCCUCCUUUUGGAGUAGAGAGGAGUACACUGAUGCUGGGCUCGCAAGGGUUUCCCACAAGGCUUUAGUGGAGCAGGAAAUCAUGUGGGUCAUUGGAGGCUAUGUCUUCAACGCUUCCGACUAUCACAUGGUCAAAGCGUACAACCUCACCAGCAAAACGUGGCUGAGCCUUGACCCCUCCGUCAACACUGUCACCCCCCGAUAUGGCCACUCAUUAGCUCUGCAUGAGGGGAAAAUCUUCAUGUAUGGAGGAAAAAUUGACUCCACUGGAAAUGUGUCUAGCCAGCUGUGGGUUUUCCACAUCCAGAACCAAACGUGGGUCCUCCUCAACCCUCGGGUGCAGGACCAGUACGCUGUGGUGGGACACUCGGCCCAUAUCGUGCCUAAGGAGGGGGACGGUCCUGUUAUGCUAGUUCUGUUUGGACACUGUCCUCUUUAUGGUUACAUCAGCCAAGUGCAAGAAUACAAUUUUGCACUGAACACAUGGAGUGUUGUGAGCACAGAUGGUGCKCUGGUUCAAGGUGGAUACGGCCACAGCAGUGUGUUUGACCCCAGCACUCGAGCUAUCUACAUCCAUGGAGGAUACAAGGCCUUCAGUGCCAAUAAGUACGGUUUAGCUGGAGACCUUUACAAGUUCAACGUGGACGAGAGGAAAUGGACCAUUUUGAGAGACAGUGGCUUUUUCCGUUACCUUCACACGGCAGUGAUGGUGAGCGGAACGAUGUUGGUGUUUGGAGGAAACACACACAAUGAUACGUCCAUGAGCCACGGUGCCAAGUGUUUCUCCUCUGACUUCUUGGCGUACAGCUUGGCCUGCGAUGAGUGGACAGUGCUUCCUCGACCGARCCUCUACCUUGAUGUCAACCGUUUCGGACACUCAGCAGUCUUCAGCAACAGUGCGAUGUACUUGUUUGGUGGCUUCAACAGCCUGCUGCUGAGUGACAUCCUGAUGUACACCUUGCCCAGUUGCUCAGCCUUUUCCAGCUCGGAGUCCUGCAGUCAAGCCGGGCCUGAGAUUCACUGCAUGUGGAACAGCACCCAGGGGAGCUGCCUGCCUUGGGAGAGUGGUAGUGUCGGUCUGGAACAACAGCAGGUCCCAGCCUACUGCAGCACAAGAUCAAAUCCUGAGACUGAGAAGUGCGACCAGUAUACAGAUUGCUACAGCUGCACUGCGAAUACAAACAGCUGCCAGUGGUGUUCAGGCCAGUGUCUCUCUCUGGGAAGUAACUGUACUGCUGCCACGGGAGCCAUAACGGAGUUUGAAGUUUGCCCCAAAGACAACCCUUCAUAUGUGUGCAACAAAAAAACAAGCUGCAAGAGCUGUGCUGUAAACCAGAACUGUCAGUGGGAUGUUCGCAACCAAGAGUGCAUCUCACUGCCUGAGAAUGUAUGCGGUGAAACCUGGCACUUGGUUGGCAACUCUUGUCUGAAGUUCAACACAACCAGCGAGUCGUACGAUAAYGCCAAGCUGGCCUGCAGGAACCACAAUGCUGUUCUUGCCUCCCUCACCACACAGAAGAAGGUGGACUUUGUCCUGAAGGAACUGCAGAUCAUGAAUGUGAUGUACAAGACCAUGGUGACGCCCUGGGUGGGGCUGAGGAAAAUCAACGUGUCGUACUGGUGCUGGGAGGACAUGUCUCCCUUCACUAACACCACCCUGCAGUGGCUGCCAGGCGAGCCGAGCGACGCUGGAUUCUGCGGCUACUUGGCAGAGCCGGCGUCCAGUGGGCUGAAAGCACAAACCUGCAUCAACCCGGUGAACGGCAGCCUGUGUGAGCGGCCCGCCAACCACAGUGCCAAGCAGUGCCGGACUCCAUGCGCCAUGCGGACCACCUGCAGCGAGUGCACCAGCAGCAGCUCAGAGUGCAUGUGGUGCAGCAACAUGAAGCAGUGUGUUGACUCCAAUGCCUAUGUGGCCUCGUUCCCUUUUGGGCAGUGCAUGGAGUGGUACACCAUGAGCAACUGUCCACCUGAAAACUGUUCUGGCUACAGAACCUGUGGACAGUGCUUGGACCAGCCGGGCUGCGGUUGGUGCACYGACCCCAGUAACACAGGCAAAGGCCAGUGCAUUGAGGGUUCCUACCGAGGACCCUUUCAGACCUCGGUCCCUGCUCCGUCCACCCUGCCCGGUCUUCCUGCCAGUUCCCAGCCUGCUCUCAACUCCAGCAUGUGUCCCAGCCAGGCCAAAUACAAUUGGUCCUUUAUUCACUGCCCAGCUUGUCAGUGUAAUGGCCACAGUCAGUGUGUCAAUGAGAGUGUGUGUGAGAAGUGCGAGGACCUGACAACUGGCGGACACUGCGAGAGCUGCAUCUCCGGCUACUAUGGAGAUCCAACCAACGGGGGCAGCUGCCAGUCCUGUAAAUGCAAUGGCCAUGCCAGCAUGUGUAAUCCCAACAAUGGAAAGUGCUUCUGUACCACCAAGGGCAUCAAAGGAGACAGAUGUCACCUGUGUGAAGUGGAGAGUCGUUACCAAGGCAACCCCCUCAAAGGAACAUGCUACUACACGCUCCUCAUUGACUACCAGUUCACCUUCAGCCUGUCGCAGGAGGACGACCGCUACUACACUGCUAUUAACUUUGUGGCCACUCCCGAUGAGCCAAACCGGGAUCUCGAUAUGUUCAUAAAUGCCUCUAAAAACUUCAAUCUGAACAUAACCUGGGCCACCAGUUUCACAGCAGGCACCCAGACUGGAGAGGAAAUUCCCAUCAUUUCCCGAAGCAACAUCAAGGAGUUCAAAGACAGCUUCUCCAAUGAGAAUUUCGAUUUCCGCAACAGCCCAAACAUAACAUUCUUUGUCUAUGUCAGCAACUUCACGUGGCCCAUCAAGAUUCAAAUUGCCUUCUCUCAGCACAGUAACUUCAUGGACCUGGUGCAGUUCUUUGUCACGUUCUUCAGUUGCUUCCUGUCCCUGCUGCUGGUGGCUGCCGUGGUUUGGAAGAUCAAACAGAGCUGCUGGGCGUCGCGACGAAGAGAACAACUGUUGAGGGAGAUGCAGCAGAUGGCCAGCCGGCCUUUUGCCACCAUCAAUGUGGCCCUAGAGGCGGACGAGGAGCCACCUGACCUAAUAGGAGGAAACGUUAAGUCCGUUCCAAAACCCAUUGCCCUUGAGCCUUGCUUUGGCAACAAAGCUGCUGUGCUCUCAAUCUUUGUUCGGUUACCCAGGGGCUCCGGUGGCAUCCCUCCUCCAGGACAGUCUGGUCUAGCCGUGGCGAGCGCGCUGGUGGACGUCUCCCAGCAGAUGUGCGUCGGCUACAAGGAGAAGUCUGGAGGCUUGAGGAACCGUAAACAGCCGCCCAGUGCACAGCCAUCCACCUGCAUCUGAGUCCACCUGCUGGUUCCCUCCACCCCUACACACAACGCUCUUCAUCAGCCCCGCCCCCCUACCCCAGCCUCCACUCCCCCCGCUUCGGCCUCCUCCCUCAUAAACGUCCGCCAGCUCUGGUCUGGCAGGGAGAGGUGCAUGCUGGGACAUGAAACUGGAAGACUUUGGUGAGGUGACGCCUGGCAGAGCCUCCUCACAGGACUUCGUGUCCCCUCUAACUGAUCAGAACUACCCGGCUGGAGGGAGUGAUGAGGAGGAAAGGGAGGAACAAAGGACACACUGACUCCUCCUCUCCGCCUCAGAACAUGUUUUACAUUCGUCAGCACCGCCUAGACAGAGUCCAGGCGGCCACGGCUUGCUGCUAGAAGAGAUCCUUGUCUUGUGGUUUUUCAAACGGCCAGAGACCAUUCAGCCCUCAAUGUUGAUGUUUUAAGUUAUUCGUUAUCUUUGUGUUGUAUUAUUGUUUUAAAGGAAGGAGCAAACUGGAACAAAACUUCACUGCACUCAAACACACACUUCCAAAGGCAACUUUCCAAGUUAUUAUACCCAUUUGUCACCUCAGAGCGAACUAAAGGCGUGUUCAGACGAGUCACUGUAAGAGAGCCCAAACAGCCAAAUACAGUCAGAGUCUGACACCCGUCUCCUCGGCUGCUGUCCUGUGUGUGGCCUUUCUCAAACUGCAUCUCUUUAACUAUUUGGCUGCUGAGCUGUCUGCCUUACCAGCCUGGAUUACCAAACAAAUCUCCAGCAUCAUCUCACCCAUGCUGAUUUUAUUUGCCAGAACGAUUGAGCUUCUUCCUGCUAAUUACCCCUCCUUUAAAAGUGAAAGUCAGCAGCUUCGUACACACAGCUAUCCCUGCUGAGCUCUGCAAAGUCAGAAACACUGGUGUUGAGAAAGUUAGCUACUGAUUGUCCUCUUUGUUGGUGCAGAGCCCUGAGCACAUGUGAAACUGGCUUGCUGAAGAAUGGUCUGACUGACUGAAGUGAUUAAAGUAGUUCCCUGCUGGUCUGGGACUGUUGGUGACUACAAGCAAAAUGCGUGCGAAUAGGUAAAAAAUAAAAAAAUCCUUCAGCCUUGCUGCCAGUUUUUGAAAARUCACAGCUUAUUUUUGUGAGGACACGUGAAACGUUUGGAGACGUCCUGGAGACUUCCUCAUGAAUGUUCUCCAACCGGUCGCCAACAGCCCGCUGAAACUCUGACUUUAGUCUGAUUUGUGUCACUGGAGCCAUGGCAGCACUUUUCAUUUGUGUUUUUGCCUAUAAAAUCUAUACUUUUACAUUUUUUAUGUUGUUCUUACCCAUGCACUACUUCUACCCCAUGGCCCUUAAUUCAGAGUCAUAAAAGAGUAACAUUUAAAAUAUUCCACUGCGACAGGAGCUAGCCCUUAAAUAAACUGAUGCACCAAACAAACAUGCAUUAUGUCAAAACCCCUACAUGAAACAGAAAUCUACAUAUCAAGCCUGCAACAUGUAAAACACUAUAUUUAGUUUUUUUACACUAAAGAUAAAUGAUACCAAAUGCAAUUCAUUGGAAUAUUUUACACUCAUCAUUUCAGUGGUUGGGAAAGUAAAGUUUAAAAAAAUGCGACGCUGUUUUCGCUUCUUUUUAUGUUUAAGGUUAAGUGAUGAUACCAAAUGUAUUACAYUGGAAUGAAUCAAAAUAGGCACUUUUUUU